AUGGAUUAUGUGAAAAGCAAUACAAAUUAUUCUGGAAAAAAAUUUGAAAAUUUUCUACAAAAAUAUUUGAAACCAAUGAGGAAAAUAUCGGAUUACUUCCCAAACCGUGCAAUAGAGCUUCGAUUGGAUAUUGAUGGCAACAAGGCGCAACUUAUUUCGGCACCUAAAAAGAAACCUUCUACAAAGACCUACUUUCGAAUACAAAAGCCGGCAUAUUUAAUCGCACGGUCAAACGAUAUUCCUGACAUCGUUUUGACUUCUACAAUAAAGUCAACUUCAGAAAGCACCCUACCAACAACUCCAGCACCUUCAAGCACUACUACAUAUCAAGAUCCGGAAGAGAAGUUCAUAUCAAUGAAAGAGUUAAAAAGCAUCAUGGGGGAGUUUGAAAAUGAAGUGAAGACGGGCAGCUUCGAAAAUAAGCCUCUUAAAACAAGAGAUUUUUGGAUAGCAUUGGGUAUGAAAUAUGGACUCAAAUGCAACGACGGCUAUAAACAAGUGAAUACCGAACCAAAGCCACUGUUUCCGUCACAAAAUAACCUUCAGAAAAUUUUGCAAAUAUUAAAAGAAGGAGACGUCAUGGAGCGCAAUUCGAAUAACCCAAGCAGUAAGGAAAAUUUACAUUGGUUUAAAAUUAAAGUGCCAAAAAAUGUU